AUGAAACAAAAGUUACUUACAGUAGGCACUGCAUCAUAUACGAUCAAGGACAACAAAGGCAAACCCGUCUAUAAGGUCGGAUUCAAAACACUUGGUCUGGGCAAACAUUUGUCGUUGACGGAUAUCGAUUCAGGAAAAGAAUAUUAUUCAAUAAAACACAUCCUCAAUCCACUUGGUCUCGCCAAAUAUGAGAUUCGUCAAAACAAUCAAGUUGUCGCUGACGUGAAACGUAGAGUGAAAUGGACUGGACUUGGCACCAAAUUCAAGGUGACAUCAAAAUUAGGCACAUACAAGAUCUCAGGAAACUUCCGAGCGCAAGAUUUCAAGAUCAAAAAAGAUAAUCAAUUGGUUGCGACGGUUUCGAAAAAGUUCUUCUCUUUUCAUGACAAGUACGGCGUCAAAAUUGAACGAGGUCAAGAUGCACCGUUUCUUCUGUGCUUGGUUGUCGUACUCGAUGAAGUCACCCACGAUUAGACGAAGAAUAACAGAACAAUGAUCGCGAACAUGAACUAAUUACAAACAUGAUUGCUCCCUCCGAUAGUUUUUUUCCUCACAUAUAUGCACCA